AUGCGUUCAGGUUUGCCCCUCGUGGCCACACUCCUCCUUCGGGGAACUCUUGGUGCACCAGCAUGCAGUACCCAGACCAUCUCUCGAGACGUUGUUAUCGUUGGCGGUGGUGCAGCUGGUGCUCAUGCUGCCGUGUGGCUGCGCGAUCAUAACAAGACCGUGGUCGUUGUCGAGAAAGCCUCCCAGCUUGGCGGUCACACAGCUUCUUACUAUGACCCAGUCUCAAACAAGUCGAUCAACGUUGGAGUGCAGGCUUGGAUGGAGUACAAGGACACCUUCGACUUCGUUCACCGCAUGAACGUAUCAACAAGCGGGUCGAUGCAGUUUACGACACUCGACUACCAGUACGUCGACUUCAGGACGGGCGAGCCGACAGACUUUGCUGCACCUGCAUCCGACGACAUGUAUCCCGCCUUACAGAGAUAUCUCGAUGUCAUUCUUCAGUAUGAGGACAUGGUUCUGCCCGGCUUCGACAACUUCCCUGAGCCAGACGCUAUUCCUGAGGACUUGCUGAUGCCUUUCGUCGACUUCGUCGAGAAGUACAACCUCGAGGCUGCCGUUCCGCAGAUCUGGGACUCCACUGCCCAGGGCAUCGGCAACACCAUGGAUGUGCCCACCUUGUUUGUUGUGCAAGCUUCUGGCAUUCCUAUGGUUCGCGCUCUGUUGGGAACCGGUGCCGCCGCUGUUCCGGCCUCGGGACGUUUGUACGAUCUGUACGAGGCCAUCGAAGAGUUCUUGGGCGACGACGUAUUGUACUCAAGUACGGUCUCCUCAUCAAGUCGAGCAGAGGACGGCGUGUCCUUGGAGAUUACUGGGGCGGAAGGCAAGUCGACUUGCAUAGAAGCCAAACGCCUUCUCGUCGCCUUUGAGCCUACAGCAGAGAGCAUGGCACCUUUCAAUCUCGACGAGACUGAAUCCGAGGUCUUCGACAAGUUCGGCUUCGCCACAGUCUAUGCAGGCAUCCUUCAGCACCCCUCACUACAACUCAGCACGGCCUACUCAAACAGGUUGCCUAAGACCGGCUCCAGCAACAACACAGUCUUCCCGACUCCCUCUCAGGUCGGCCGCAUUGACUACCUCGGCGGAACCCAGAAUCUCUUCCAGUUUACGGCAGUUGGCACUGAGAGUGAUACCUCCGAGAGCAUGAAGACCCUUAUUGGUCAGUCCAUUGAUACGAUGAUCGAGGCCGGCACUAUUCCCGCUUCGAACGGCUCGCUCAGCUUCGCUGCAUUCGCAAACCACGGCAAGAUGCACCCGCGCGUGACGGCUGAUGACCUCCGUGCCGGUUUCAUCCAGAAGCAGGUCGGCCUUCAGGGUCACCUCUCUACUUGGUAUACGGGAGCUGCCUUUUCCGCAGGCUUUUCGACUGUUGUGUGGGAGUAUAACAACGUCCUCUUGCCCAGCUUGGUAGCAAGCCUCUAA